AUGCCAGUUCCUGUGGCCCCACUGGCUCUUUGGGCACGCCCGCCCUCCAAAAGGAUCCACUCAAGCCCCAUGCUCCAAGCUCAGCAAUGGGCAGGCACAGUCCCGGAGUGGGAGCCGAGUGCAGGCAAGAGCAGGGAUGACCUGGCCCAGCUGCCCUUCCUGACCAUGUGCAUCAAGGAAAGUCUGCAGAUACAUCCUCCAGUCACUGUUAUCUCUCGCUGCUGUACCCAGGACAUAGGGCUUCCGGAUGGCCGGGUCAUCCCCAAAGGGAACACCUGUGUCAUUAGUAUCUUCGGGAUUCAUCACAAUCCUUCAGUCUGUCCUGAGCCUGAGGUACUGCCCUUCUCCAUUCUCCAUCUAGGGAUCCAGAAGAGGUCACCCCUGGCUUUUAUUCCUUUCUCUGCAGGACCCAGGAACUGCAUCGGGCAGACGUUCGCUAUGGCUGAGAUGAAGGUGGUUCUGACGCUGACGCUGCUGCGUUUCCGAGUGCUGCCUGACCACGUAGAGCCGUGGCGGAAACCUGAGCUGAUCCUGCGCGCUGAGGGCGGGCUGUGGCUGCGGGUGGAGCCGUUGGGUGCCAGCAAAUAA